UUUCUGCAAAGUCCAUCGCCGUUAACACUGGGGAUCAAAACACAUUCAAACAAUCGAUAUUUUGAAAAGAUUGAUAUUAUCGAUGAGUUUUCCGAUGUUUCUGCACCUCUAAAUCAAAUGCAUCCAAAUCUGUUGUUCUUCUUUUUGACCUGCCUCACCCAGGCCCAAGCGGAACUCUCUGGUCUGCUCAGUGCCCUGCACUACUUCGGACUCGUCUCGAAUGUAACUUUCCAGUCCUUGGGCAUAUCCCGUGGCCAGUGCCACUACAGCUUUAACACCUAUGGUCUCCUGGAGGAGCGUCGCAUCUGCGCCCCGGACGACGAACACAUCCUGCACCUGACCCAGCUACCGCCAAUCAGGAAGCCUCCGAUUCUAAUGAAGUGCCUGCAGCCAGAAACACCAGAGAAUGGCACUGGAAAGGAACCGGGCCUGCUCAUGAUGGGCAGCUCCAAGGAGAUAAUUAACUUGCUGAAGCCCGUGGGUAACGCCACCAAGCGCCACGAGCCGGGGAGCUGUGUAGUGGUACACUUUUGCACCGUCUCCAGCUUGGAGUGCGCUAGAGUGGCUCCCAUUAUGAACCUCCUGCCCCACCUCUUUCCCACGCUGCCAAUCGCCUACAUUGACGCGUACGAGUUUAGUCGCUUCAACGCCGAGUUCGGAAUAGUCUCCUUGCCCACGCUGAUGAUCUUUCACCAGGGACGACCUCUGAUCAAGUACGAUCCCUCAUGGGCCGAUUCGGAGAAGCGCAGCUUCGGCCGCUUCAUCAUGCGGCACACGAACGUGAAGACAGUGGACCCGCAGAGCAUAUCCCCACACAUCAUCAACCGCACGCGCAGUGAGCCCCUCCCCAACGUGCCCGUGGUCCACACGGACUACUACCUGGGCCUGGCGUGGGUUUUCAUCCUGGCCUGCCUCGCCAACUACCUGCGCCAGACGGUCUUCUGGAAGCAGCUCGUGGAAAUGGUCCAGCGCAACUGGCGGGAGUCGGAGGAGACGCAAAUGGAGAUGGUGGACUAAAUCCAGCCGCAAUCCGUGCUUAGUUUAGAUUUUAGAAGACGUGGGACUUGAUUUUCUAAUGUUAUGUAUUUACCGUUUAAUUAAAUUCACAUCAACGUUACUUAACUCUUAAAUAUAGGGGAGUUGUAAUUGUAAUGCUAUGUACUGUUACUGUUCGAAUUGAUCGAAGCCGAUCUCAUAAUUUAAAGCUAAGGAAUCUAUAAACUUGAGAGCCAUCAGAAGGUGGUUUUAACUUAAA